CGUUGGUGCACUUGUAUGUCCCUAAACAUCUUGCACGCUGCCUGCGAGGAAUCCUUGACACCAAUCUGCUAAGCCUCAAACCAUUCAAGUUCAGCUUUGGAUAUUUUGGCAUCUUGGUUAUUACUUGACUCGCAGCACAGCCUCGGCCAACAACUUUGCCCUGACUCCUGCUCGUCGUUUGCAAGAUGGACCGCACGGGGCAGUCGCCCAGAGAUAAGCACGUUGAGGUGAUGAGACACCAAACCGGGUGUCCCAAACCGAGGGCUGUAACACUCCUAAUAAAACACGCCGGAAACAUACGAGGAGCCUGCGACGAGUUUCUCGGGAAUAUCAAAUGGGACUUCAGUCUACCCCGAAUACCAGCUCCUCAGAGCCUCACCAGCCACAUUCCGCAGUCACGGCGGCUGGAACCUGACACCUGGGACGGCCAACUCUCCCAUCACCGGGACGCCCAACUCUGCCAUCACUGGGACACCCCCGCCAACGGGGACGAUGAUACCGGCUUCCAUGUUCGACACCUGAUCGGGGCGAUCCAGAAUGGCGAGACUUGCCGCGUUGUCCGAACAUACCUGACCCAUUUUGCUGAGGCAUUAGGGCUAGAAGCCAUAAAGAAUGGUCUGAAUGGCGUUGUCGACGGUUACCCAGCUGUCUUCUUCGUCGUUGAGACGGGCAACGCGGACAUGGUAAAAGUAUGGAUCAGUUAUGCCGGAACCGCAGAUCACACCUACUGCAAAGUGCCUCUCCUCGGCUUUGCGAUCGCACUCUGCGACUCCUAUCGGACCGACAUGCCCAUGGUCGUCAAGACCUUGCUCAGCUCAGGCUACCCGGCGGAUGUCAUCCCACGGGCGUUCUACUCGCCCCUCCAACGAGAUCUCCCCCAUGAUGGCCCUCCAGAGACCGAGCUUCAGGAUUUCCACAAGGGCAAGACGGCGUGGUGCGUCCCUAACAUUCGAGUCCGACUUGCCAAGGCGCUGAAUCUCAGCUUCACCGUGCGAUACGACCUCGAUCUCGCAUCCCGGGACCAGCCACCCUCAGGCGCAAACAAGAAACUUGCCCAAGUCCAUAAAGCCUCGGAGCUGCUUCUCCUGGACCGCUUCCUCGCGCACUUGUCCAUGCCCACUAGCCGACCCCUCGUUCUUCUUUUCGCCGGCCCCAGUGGUCAUGGCAAAACCGAAGUGGCUCGGAAUCUGGGCUGGCUGCUCGGCAUGGACCUCCAAACCGUUGAUUGCACGCACCUCAAGGCCGAGACGGACUUGUUCGGUCCCUGGCCUCCAUUUGAAGGGUGGGACGAGGAUUCCGCUGUGAACAACUACCUCGUCAGCCAUAGCGGCAAGCGCUGUGUGGUUUUCAUGGACGAGUUCGAGAAGACCAAGGACGAGGUCCGCCGAGCUCUUCUCCUUCCCUUCGAAAGUGGAGAAUACCGGGACCGCCGCGUUCGCGCUGGCGACAACUCGGCCAAUUGCUCAAAGACUAUCUGGAUCCUUGCUACGAAUGCCUUUGAUCAGACGAUCCAGAGCUUUUGUUACAGCCACCAGGACGAUCUAUUCAAAGACGCCGGCACCAAGCAGCACGAAGAAAAGGUCCACAAGCUGGCAAGGCAGCUCUCGGGGCGAAUCCAAAAGGAGUCCAUCACUGUGCUCGGCGCCCCCCUCACCGGCCGCAUAUCAGGCUUCAUCCCCUUCCUCCCAUUCUCACCCCUCGAACGAGCCGCCGUCGCAGACAAGCACCUCGCCGACUUCGGGCGCCAGCUCGCCCGGCCGAUCAACACCAGCGAGGAGCCUGCGCGGUACUGUCCGGUGGGCAACGUGCACCUACAAAUCAAGCGCGGCUACACCGUCAACAAGGCCCUCGUCGAGCGCGGCUAUGUCAAGGAGCUCGGCGCCCGCAGCAUCAUUAAUGCGAUCGAUUCCGAGAUCCGCAUGCCGCUGAUUGGGAAGUAUCUCGCCGCGAGGGAGGAGGUGCGCGAGGAUCAGCCGGCGGUGGGGUUUUUGGUUGGGGUGGAUGGGGAGACGGGGGAUGUGGAGGUUUCUGAGUGUGAGGUGGGUGAGUGAGGU